AUGGGUGGUAAAGAUUCAAUCAGCAAUCUGCCGGAUGAGGUUCUAGGCAAAAUCCUGUCUCUGCUUCCGACAAAGCUUGUCGUCUCCACAUGUGUUCUGUCCAAGAGGUGGAGGAAUGUGUUCCCUCUUGUAGACACGUUCGAUUAUCGACCAACAACAAUUCCUGGAGGCCCUAGCUUCGUUUCUUUCAUGUACAAUCAUUUUUUACUCAAUCCUCCUCCUCCCAUCAAGAAAUUCUCUCUGACUUGUCAAUACGGAAAUUCCGACUUUUGGAUCCGAACUGUGUUGGAACGCGGCUGCUUGGAGCUACACGUGCAAUGCAAUCUCCCUCUUUCUAUUGAUAUCAGUUUCUUCGACACCAAUACAUUGGUUAAGCUCACACUAUCCGACGGAGUUCACCUGAUCGAUGUUAGACAGAAUUAUGAUGUUCGUGUUGAUCUCGAUCGGGCUCCGUAUUUCCCAUCGCUCAGAUCGCUUUCUCUUGGUGCAGUUUCGGUAGGUGCCGAUCUGUUCAAGCUGCUGAUUUGGCACUGCCCUGUCCUGGAAGAGUUAUUCAUACGUGAUGAUGAUGUUGAUGACCUGUCCACUUGGCAAGGCUUCGUUUCAAGUGAAUCCAUCAAGCGGCUUGUCGUUUCUGUUGUCAACCUUCCCAAUGACGCCGUUUGGCUUUUUACACCCGCCCUUGUCUUCCUUGACUAUUCUUCUUGUGUCCCUUGUUACUUCGGUGAAGUGGUUUUGGAUUCGCUUGUUGAAGCUAGACUGGAUGUUCGGUUUUGGGAGUCACCUACUGAUGAUGAUGAUGGUUAUGGUGACUUUGAUGGUGAUGUUACGAACCUUGUUGCGGGGAUAAGCAACAUUAAGAGCCUUCAUUUGUCUCCUAACUCUCUUGAGGGUCUUGUGCACAAGGUUACAAAUGGAUGUGGGGACGUGUGCCCUUGCAUCCCUAAUAAUAGGAAAAAGAGGAAGAUGAUGAUGAAGGUAGAGGUAGAGGAAGAGGAAGAGGAAGAGGAUGUGGAUGAUACGUCUUGUUGUUUAUGGAGCUGCCAAGUGAAGGUGCUUGAGAUUUCAAGGUAUAGAGGAAUGUGGAGAGAGCUUGAACAAAUGAGACACUUCUUGGGAAAUUUGAAAUAUCUUGAGACUGUCAAUAUUUAUCUUCAUCAAGAAGUGAAGAGUUCUAGCUACUUGCGAGUCACCAGCGAUCUAAAGAAGCUUCGCAGAAUUUCGCCAACGUGUCAGAUUCACUUCUUGUGA